UGUCCCCCAACAUCCCUAAAGCCAACAUCCGAAUCUCCCUCUCCCCCUCUCCCUCUCCCUCGCCCUUCAUAUAUACCUCCUCUUUCUCUCCCUCUCUCUAUCUCCCUCCUUCUGUAAAACCUCCAUCAAAUUCAUCGACGCCCAUAGCCACCAACCUCCAAAACAAAAUGAGGGAGAUCCUGCACAUUCAAGGUGGCCAGUGCGGGAACCAGAUCGGUUCCAAGUUCUGGGAGGUGAUUUGCGACGAGCACGGGGUCGACCCCACGGGGAGGUACCAGGGUGACGGUUCCUCUUCCGAUCUUCAGCUGGAGAGGAUCAAUGUCUACUACAACGAAGCUUCUGGCGGUAGGUACGUUCCCAGGGCGGUGCUCAUGGACCUUGAACCGGGCACCAUGGACAGCAUCCGAUCCGGUCCCUACGGCCAGAUCUUUCGCCCCGAUAACUUCGUGUUCGGCCAGUCUGGUGCGGGAAACAAUUGGGCCAAAGGACAUUACACUGAGGGAGCGGAGUUGAUCGAUGCAGUUCUCGAUGUUGUUCGCAAGGAGGCUGAGAACUGUGAUUGCCUGCAAGGUUUUCAGGUGUGUCACUCACUUGGAGGAGGCACAGGGUCAGGCAUGGGAACUCUGCUGAUAUCGAAGAUUAGAGAGGAGUACCCUGACAGGAUGAUGCUCACGUUCUCUGUUUUCCCUUCUCCAAAGGUGUCUGACACAGUUGUGGAGCCAUACAAUGCCACGCUCUCAGUUCACCAGUUGGUGGAGAAUGCUGAUGAAUGCAUGGUUCUUGACAAUGAAGCACUCUAUGACAUUUGCUUCAGGACCCUAAAGCUCAGCACCCCAAGCUUUGGUGACCUUAACCAUUUGAUCUCUGCAACUAUGAGUGGGGUAACAUGUUGCCUGAGGUUCCCUGGCCAGCUGAACUCCGACCUCCGGAAAUUGGCUGUCAAUUUAAUUCCCUUCCCACGUCUUCAUUUCUUCAUGGUGGGCUUUGCCCCACUCACCUCUCGUGGGUCCCAGCAAUACAUUUCCCUCACUGUCCCAGAGCUGACUCAGCAAAUGUGGGAUGCCAAGAACAUGAUGUGUGCUGCUGACCCUCGCCAUGGCCGCUACCUGACGGUCUCUGCAAUGUUCAGGGGAAAGAUGAGCACCAAAGAGGUGGAUGAGCAGAUGAUAAAUGUGCAGAACAAGAAUUCAUCAUACUUUGUCGAGUGGAUUCCUAACAACGUAAAGUCAAGUGUGUGUGAUAUCCCACCUAGGGGUCUGAAGAUGGCAUCGACUUUUGUUGGGAACUCUACAUCAAUCCAGGAGAUGUUUAGGAGGGUGAGUGAACAGUUCACAGCCAUGUUCCGUCGCAAGGCCUUCUUGCACUGGUAUACUGGGGAAGGUAUGGAUGAGAUGGAGUUCACUGAGGCGGAGAGCAACAUGAAUGAUUUGGUGGCCGAGUACCAGCAGUACCAGGAUGCAACAGCUGAUGAUGAGGGCGAGUAUGAGGAUGGGGAAGAAGAAGCUUAUGAAGGUUAGAACCUGAAACAACUCUGGCUGACAGCCGAAUGAGUUUUUCCAGCUCCAUAUCUACUACUACGUGGCUAUCAAUAUUUCUUCCGUUUGUUCAUUGUCUAUUUGUUUGGUUAUUAUAGUUCAAUGUUCAGCUUAUACCAUUCCAGAGUGUUUGAUAUUUGGUAUUGUAUGAUGAUGUUUGUUGUUCUAUUUGAAUGUAUCAAUAAAAAGUCAUUUUUGUCAGAAA